AUGAUGUCCCAGUCUCUCAGAGCUUCCCGCUCUCUCUUCACCCGCGUCUCUCGGCAACAGGUUUCUGUUGCCCGCCGCACUUUCCUGACCUCCGCCAUCCGUCAGGCCGACCCUGUUCAGGACCUCUACCUCCGUGAACUCCGCGCCUACAAGCCCACUCCCGUCAAGCCCGGUGAUGCCGAUGCUCACGUCCUGAAGUUCUCCCCCCCUGCCGCUCCCCAGUCCCCCGAGGAGGCCAACCUUGCCAGUGAGCUGAAGUCCUACGAGAGCCAGGAGGUCGAGGUCGAGGGUCAGGCCGCCGCUGGUGAGGCUGCCCCCGCUGAGGAGAGCUGGUUUGAGGAGGAGGAGGAGACUCCCGCUGCCCACUAG